CACAGCAUGUCUCAACAGGACACAGCAAUCAAAGAAAAGAUGAUGCUGAGCCAAAGAAUCCAGAAAACAGUACCUUACAUACAUCAAUGCUAGAAGAUGACCUCAAGUUGAGCAGUGAUGAAGAGGAGAAUGACCAGCAGGCAGCACAGGAAUCUGCUCUCCGGAUUGUAUCUGACAGCAGCCCUGGUAUCCAGCAGUCCAGUUGUAGAAUUUUGGGUCUCUCUAACAAGUGUUCAAGCAGCAGUUCAAGCGAAUCGGACAGCAGUUCAGAAUCUGAUUCGGAGAGCGAAAGCAGUUCCACAGAAAGUGACUGCAAGAAACCCUCACAUUGUUCCAGCCCAGAGCCUGAACAGCCGUCUCCUAACAAGUGGCAGUUGGAUAAAUGGUUAAAUAAGGUUAAUCCUCAUAAAGCCUCUGCUUUGAACCAAAAUGGAUUGGAGGCCUUUCAGUAUUACAGCAAACUAAAAGAAGAAAGGCAAGACAGUGAAAAUGUCCCACCCGUUGGCCAAGCCAGUCUCCAAGAAAAAGAUAUUAAGAAUCCUAGCAGAGAGGAACUGAGAUCUAGGACAGCUAACAAAGUCCCAGGGCAUAGAGGAGGAAAGCAAAAGCCACUUCCUUCUGCUGCUACAAGGACAGCUUCUAAAAAACAGCCAAGAAGGACAGAGAAGACUCCGGCUGGUGAUAACUUAAACAACCAUGCAGCUGACAAUCUUGAUUUGAACCAAGUUCAUUUCUCAAAUAAUAACAUUUGUAAUCAACCCAAGAGUAGGCCUUACAGCAGCAACAUUGAACAACAAAAAGAACCACGGUCUGUUACUGCCUCUGAAAAGAGACGCACAAGAGGCUCAGGGAAAACAGCACCCAAGUCCAAGGAGUUUAUUGAGACAGAAUCUUCAUCUUCGACUUCUUCAGACACAGAUUCCCAGUCUGAACAAGAUGAGUGUCCUUCACACAAACUGCAGACCGUAGCCUCCACAUUAGCUGGAAGUGACCAGAAACAAAAGGAUUCUAGCAAUAAUAAUGGUUACAAAACAAACAAUAAUUGUGGUGCCUUUGGUUCAGUCAACACCAGAACUAGCAGUGAUAUAGCAAAAGAGCUGGAAGAACAGUUCUACACGCUGGUUCCUUUUGGCAGGAAUGAGCUCUUGUCUCCUCUAAAAGAUACCGAUGAAGUAAAAGCACUUUGGGUCAAAAUUGAUUUGACUCUGCUGUCCAGAAUUCCACAGCAGUUACCUGAGGAGCCACUGAUCACGAACCCGGGAGUUAAAGAAACCAUACAUAUGCAACAGAACAUUGCUACUGACCUGCCAGCAGAAAAAGGGGUUCCUAAAUCCAGAAGAAAACGAAAGUAUGAAAAUGAGGAUGAAAACCGAGAGACCAAGAAGAUUCACACUGAGCAAGAAUGUUCCUCAAAUUUGCUUGCUUCAGCCCAAGUUAUUUCUACACCAAAUCAUUUCAAAAUCACUAAAAAAAGUUUGGCAACAUCAAUAAAUAAAAAUGAGAAAAUGCUUCAGUCACCUAGUUCCCCCUUCUCUGAUGCAUCAAAGUAUAAAUUCUAUAAUGAUGAUUUAACUUCUGGCAAGACAAAUGGUAGCAACCCUUCAUCUUCCACAUCCUCAAGUAGAAAACACAAGAAUGAAAUUGGAUCGUAUCUACAUCCUGGAGAUUUCAGUAAAGCCAUGUACAUCAGUUCAGAAAAUACUCUAUUCUGCAACAAGACACAGUGCCAAAAAGAACCGUGGUCACCUAUAUUGACUGUGCCCAAAACCUGUAGGAAAACAAAACUCAUAGUAAACGAUGGACCGCACAAUUUAGAUUAUUUUAUGCAGGAAGCUAAAAGAAAAAAGCAUAAAGCAGAUGCAAUGGUGGAAAAAUUUGGCAAGGCACUGAAUUAUGCUGAAGCUGCAUUAUCAUUUAUUGAGUGUGGAAAUGCCAUGGAACAAGGACCCAUGGAAUCAAAGUCCCCAUACACAAUGUACGCCGAAACUGUGGAACUCAUCAGAUAUGCUGUGAGACUAAAAACCCACUCAGGUCCCAGUACACCACCAGAAGAAAAACAAUUAGCAGCAUUAUGCUACCGCUGUUUGGCACUUUUGUACUGGAGAAUGUUUCAGCUCAAAAGAGACCAUGCUGUAAAAUAUUCAAAAGCUCUCAUUGAGUAUUUCAAGAAUUCAUCUAAAGUUGCUCAGGCACCAUCUCCAUGGAGUACUAGUGCAAAGUGUACAGGAACUCCUUCUCCCAUAUCUCCUAGCCUGUCUCCGCUGAGCUCAGCUGGGAGCACUGGAGCUCCUUCUCCUUCCUCCAUAAUCAGCAUUCCUCAGCGAAUACAUCAGAUGGCAGCCAAUCAUGUUAGUAUCACCAACAGCAUCUUACACAGUUAUGACUACUGGGAGAUGGCUGACAAUCUUGCCAAGGAAAACCAAGAUUUCUUUAAUGAUUUGGAUGCACUGAUGGGAGCUAUCACCUUGCACAGCUCUAUGGAGCAUCUGGUUCAAUACACACAGCAAGGCCUUGACUGGAUAAGAUGUAAUGCUCACUUAUCCCCAUGACAGUUCUCAUCGCCUGGACACUAAACUCACCAUACGGACAAUUCAGUUAUUCUAGACACUGUGCUACAGAAAUACUCAACUGCAGCAUUGCUUCAAACACAAUGUGAAUAUUUUGUUAACAUUGAACAAUAUUGUUUCAGAAAGCAAAAAUAGGUGUGUGUAUAUUAUGCAAACUUGUCUUUUCCAGGCCAUUGUGCUUUUAAUUGUCUCCAGAUAUCACUUCCUUAGGAAGAAAAUUAAACAUAGCUACGUUAGAACAAACACUCUCACAUACAGAUACACAUUCCCCCAAUAUUUAGAAAGCCAAACCUUAAUUUUAUGAUUUGAUUUAUUCAAAUGAAAUGUAGUACCUGUUACUAGUAAUCUCAUAGAGCAAUUUUUCCUCUGUAUUUAUAAAUCUCUGUGUCACUUUUCUAAAGAGAGGCUUAAUGAAUGAACAAGGACAGCCUCAGUGACAAAUUCUGUGUAACAUAAAAGGUAUUUAUUCUGUAUUUUACAUUUUAAAAGGAAUUGGUGGCCAUUGACUUUGCCAGGCAAUACUUUGGAUGCCAGUUUGCUCGCAGACUGACUCACCUUCUUCCCACCAUUUACUUAAGUACCCAAGCUUUAAAGUGGGAGCACCUAGCAGUAAAAUCUUAUUCCCAGUUUUGGAGCUCCAGCAUAAUUUUGCAUUCAAAUACGCAUUUUUUUACAAAUUUGCUUGACAUACGCUAUACAGAAACAUGAUCCAACGUUGAAAUGCUAAAUAUGUCUGUUACUUACAACUCAUAAACAUUUAGCUUUGAGAGUGAAAUAGUGUGUGAAGCAUUGAUCCUCCUUAGAUUAAAAUUGGGAGCCCCAUCAAGCUGUAAAUUGCCCCCUGUCCAUCCUUGUGAGUUCCUCAUAAUGGAGUUAAAUGCAGACAGAAGGACUGUGAUCUUUUGUGCUCUUAAACAGCAGCAUAACAUGCAAUAUUCAGUAUUUAUUCUUGAAAUCUUGUUUUUUAUAAAGCCAAAUUUAUACUUUUGCAAAUAGUUUAUUAAGCAAAAAAUGUAUUUUUAAAGAGUAGAGAGGGGUGGAAUGAUCAUGUAGAACAGAAAAAAGCUUUGUGAAAGUGUUAAUUUUUAUGCAGAGCAGCAUUUCAAAACAAACUGCAGCUGAUUCCACCCAAUUCUAGAGCAAAGGUGCAUGUGUGUAUGGCACAAACAUUUUAAUACACAUUUUAGAAAAAUAGCUUAAUACACAUUUUAGAAAAAUAGCUUAUUUGUAAGAUUUUUCUCUUUUACUGUAUCUAGCAAUUACAUUCAGUUCUUCUAUUUUUCCAGAAAACUACUUUACUAUCAUGCUCUUCUUCCAUAACUUUGAUAUAUUAUUGUUUUCUAAAAAUAAAAGCAACUGAUAGUCUUGUGGAUUUAACAUAGUUAUUCAGGCAAAAGCUUUUAUGAAUUGGAAUCUAUUUUGUAAAAUGAAUGAAGAUACCUAAAAAGUGUGUUACACAUGCAAGCAUGUGUACAUACAUAUAUACAUAUUCAACUCAAAUUAAUAUAGAAUCUUUAAUCACUUAAUUUUUGCUUUUGAGCAAUCUAAUUUUUCUCUGGAAUAUUUGGUUUUAUUCUCAGCUUUAGAUGCUCAAGUGGGGCUGGGCGGGGCAAAAAUAGCAGGAGCAAAAUAGCAAUCAUUCCAACUUAAGGUGAUGGCUUUUAUCUCAGGGCAGAUGUGACAUGAUCUGAGGGUAGGGGACAUUAACAUCUGUCCUUUGUCACGGUCAGAGCACUAUCUGUUUACUUUGGAGCUUUCUGGUCUUCUCUUCCAUGCAUCAAGGAGGGCUCUAUCAGACUGGUUCAUCUGAGGCACCCGAUGGAUCCACUUGGUUUCCAGAAAGUGCUUGGAGAAUUUUCUGAAUCUCUGGUGGACAGUUCAUCCAAGGCCUUGGUCCCUUCCUGGAAUGAGGGAGCUCCUUGGUUUUCUGAGAUGCUCCAGAAAAUGGAGCAUCAAAAAAGACACCUAGAGCGCCACUGGAGAAAGACAAAGAAUGAAUCCAAUCAAACACUUAGAUUGUGGCAAUAAGGGUGGCAAAAUGUAAUUAUUUCUUCUGUCCUUACGGCAUCUGCAGAAUGUGGCCCAGCAGCCCUUUGGAGAACAAUUAUAGGAUUUCUAUAAAUUGAAAGAAAAGCAUUCUGAAGGUGUCUACUUCUGGGACUGUCUUUCUCAGUUUGUUUAUGCUCACCCAGUAAGAUCUGAUAGAGUUGGCACACUCUAGGUUGCAGCUGUAAAGUAUCAUCACCUUGCAGUAGGUGUGACUUCUGUAUAGCUAUGCCAGUCCUGUAAAAUGGCAUCCCCAUUGAGGUUUGAAUGGAUUUGACCCUAUUGGGUUUCUGUAAGCUGUGAAAAUUUGGCUUUUCAGAAUGCAGUGAUUUAUUCACUAGUCUAAUGGUUUAAUCCUUUAGAGUUGGUUAUCUUCCCUGACAUAUGAUUAGGUAGCAUUAUUAUCUGUUUGGUUACUUCUAUUGUUUUUUUAUGAUUGUUUCAACCUUAGUAUGUAAAGCCAUCUUCAGUGAUUGAGGUGAUCAAGGGUACAUAUUUCAGGAUCCUCUGUUAAAUAUUUAAAAGAGACUCAUAGCAGAUUCCUAUGCUGGGUUCCUAAAAUGCCAAGUUGUGGAACAUUGGACUAGUUUAAAUACUGAUUAUUGAAAACUAAAGAAAGAAUUACCAUUAAUUUGCAUAUGUAGUUAAGUACGAAAUAUUUUAGAUUAUAGGUAAGUUAUGUCAAAAAAGGUUAAACCCAAAGCCCAAUAAUAUAUUUAGGCAAAUAAAAGAAGGUUUUAAAAUUAUAGAAAAAUUCUUAAUUACUGCACAUUAUUAGCCUGCUCUUGGCUUAGGAACAAAUAGAAGGGAAGAAGUAGACAUGCAAAUAAGAAAAAAAAAUAGUGGAUGGAGCUGCUUCCUCCAUAGAAUCAUUAAUAACAAGUACCUUGGGGAAAAGAAAGGAUCUUAGAGAGCAUCCAGUCCAAUCCUCCAUCCAGUGUAGGAAUACAUUACUAUAGCAUCCCCAACAGAUGUUCUUCCAAGUUCCAUGUAAACAUUGCCAGCACCUCCAUCCACCACCUCUGAAGCAGUCUAUUCCACUGUUGAAGAGUUCUUGCUGCUAAGACAUAUUUCCUGAUGCCAGUCAAUAUUUACUUCCUUGUAAUUAAACCCGUGUAUUUAUUUUUUUAAAUCUU